AUGUCGUCUCAUGAACUCAUUGACGCUCAAUUUGAUCGUGCAGUUGAGAUUGUUCAAAGUCUACCCAAGACUGGGCCAAUACAAACCGAUUACGAUGAGAAACUUACAAUGUAUAGUCUAUAUAAGCAAGCAACUGUCGGAAAUGUUAGAGCGCCUCGUCCAGGGAUCUUUGACAUGUUAGGCAGAGCAAAAUGGGAUGCAUGGGCCAAACACAAAGAUUUGGAUCCUUUUGAGGCAAAAUGGCUCUAUGUCGAUGCUCUCCUCAAGGUUUGA